UAGGUACACGUUUGUGUAGUUCAAAUGUGUUCGUGAGAGCGAAAACUGAAAACAAAUCUAGCUGUACCUGCUCAUUGCAUUGUCAGUGGAUUCAGAGUGAAACUGUUGCGAGCAAACAUCGGUCCAAAUUGAACGGAAAGAACUCUAGAGCCAGUGAUUUCAAGGUGAAAUAGACAUUUGGGCUGAGAUCUAGCCGUUUCAACGUAGCAAUGAUGCUUGCCAAUCAGUUCAUUUGUGUGGUUAAAGAGUGAAGAUUUUAUCUGAGCAAGAGUAUUGCUAUCUGGUGAUUAUUGAUUUUCAGCGCUAGCACAAAUAAAGAAGAUCUGUGACGUGUGUGCGUGUGUGUGUGGUGUUUCGCAUCCAAAAAUGGACCCCUCGUUGGUUAAUCCGGAAAUGACAAUACGAAAAAAUCUAUACUACGAAUGCAGUACAAACGUUAUGUAAUUUCCCUUGGAGCAGUAACCUGGUAACAUACAUUGUGUUGUUGUUACUGGGUUGGAGUAAAAUUUGCGUUUACGGUAGCUUUGGAACACUUGCCCCGAAACCGGAACGUGAAUCCUUCUGGAUUAAACUUAGAGAGGGAGUGCGGACAUUUGUGCUGGUUUUGAACUAAGCUUGGCAGAACAAACAACGAGUCUACGCAUUUGAUCUGUGCUUUCGUCGGCCAGUGGAUUGUAAAGAUUGCCCAGCAGCUAGCGCGCUUACACAAAUCGCACCACGCAGCCGGGUAUGUUUAAUGGACACAGGGAGCCUUGUAAGCGUCGUCUAUGGCCGAAUCCGUUGGUAAGCAAGUGCUCUCUGCAGUGACGGAGGGGCAUCAUCAUCUACAGCAACAACCAACAAAGCAACAAACGAAGGAUCAGCAACAUCAACGAAAAGACGUCGCCGUCGGUAGCUGUAGCUAUACAUAUAAUAGUGAAAACCGUCGUUCUAGAGCAGGAAAGUCGUCAAAGGGGGAAGUAGCCAGAAAUAGUUCAUCCUCUACACGGGAGUUAUCCGGAGCAGUCGCACAAGCACAAUCCUCUGCAAAGCAAGAGUGUUCCGAUUCGGCUGAUAAAGCAAGUCAACCUCGUAGUAGCGUAAAACGAAAGCACAGCUUACCACUGAACAGUGCUGCCGAUCCGCCACACGGCACCUUUUCAGCUGAACAUCUAUCCGUGAAACGGCAGUCAUUGAAUACUAAAGUAACAGCCGGUCAGCAGUCUGGGGUUGCUGCUGUUCCAGUAGCCUACCGUACACGGUCGCGUACUACUUCUAAAGAGCUUGUGUUCACCGCGGCCAGCAAUAGCAGUUUGGUAAGCUCAAGUAACACAGCUGAGCAGGGGUUUGAUUUCAGAAACCAACAGCAUCAAGCAUCUGGAACGCCUUCUAAAAUAGUAGACGUUCGAAAUAAUCGCAGCAAAUCAUCUACCAAAGUAGGAGCAUCUUCAUCAAAGGGAGGAGGUACCGGUUUCGGUCCUCAUGAAAGUACAAAGACAACAAGCAAUAAUAUAAUAUCCGAGCGUAAUACAACAUCUGAUCGCAGCAGUUCGUCAACGUCAAUUCCUUCCUCUGCAUUGACAGUCGAAAAUAACAUAACGCCUGUAAUUGGUGCCCCUGUUGAAGCUCAUCAACCAAAGGCGAAGCGGGGUUCCCUUGUCAGUGCAAGUAAUCGGGUUAACGGGGAAGACAAAAGUGUCUGCACUACCUCAUCGCUUGCCUCUUCGUCUCGUGCAAUAAGCAAGAACAAGGGGAGAAAAUCCGGCGGUACCUCCUCGUCUUCGACGAAGAUUUUGCGUAAAAUUGCAGAUCGAAAAAAUUUACUCGUAGAAGAGACUAAACCCGUGUCAAAGGCAAUUAUAAAAUCAGGCCAACGACGCACUAAAGGUGAUCGCAAGUGGCACCAAGAAACAGCAUCUGUUACUACAAGUCCCUCGUCGUUAAGUGCUUCUACAGUAGAGCCAUCAACGGUCGAAGGAUUAACAAUUCGAAACUUGCGUUCUCAUCAGCAUAACCAACAACAGCAGCAACAGCAUAUAACGCUUACUGCGACCGUAAACGAACUAGGAAUCGUCACAGGUGCGCAAGUAUCUUCAAGCGCAGUACCGUCUGCAUCAACUUCGUCGUAUUCAGCUUCUACUUGUUCGACAGGCGGUGCGCAAGUGCCCAAAAAGCGCCAGAAAGUGGGGGGGGAUCAUAAUAAUCAGCAUAACUACCACCACCACCAGCAAUAUCAGCAGCAGCACCCCAAUCUGGGGGCAAGACUAGCGGCACGUAGUAGCGGAAGUAGAGAGCAGCAGCAACACAAUCAUCAUUUACCGACUACAGUUAGUCUACAGCAUUACCAGCAACAGCAGCAGCAGCAGCAUCAUUUGGUAGUCCAUCACCAUCAAGGUCAGCAACCGUUGCCGCAACACUACACGCUACAUUCCCAGCAGAUAUCUCAUUUUUCCACACAGCAACAGCAACACUUUCAACACUACCAGCCACAGCAUCUGCAGGCGCAUCCUCAGCAACUGCUUCAUCAACAGCAGUUUGCUGUGGGCGAAUCGAGUGGCUUGCAUCUGCCGCACCAGUACGAAGCAGGAGCACCGAGUAGUACAUCUGUACAGCAAGGGCGUAGCAGUGGAAGUGUUGGAGGUUUACUAAGACGCAGUUCUCGGGGCAAGAGUUCCCAUUCAUCCGCAACCACGGGGUCUUGCGUUAGCUCAAAUCCAACCAACAAUCCCUACCACCAACCACAAUCGCAAUCCGCGUCAUCAUCGUCACGGUCCGGUAGCCAUCAUCAUCAUCAUCACCGAGGUGGUGGUGGUGGCGGCGUAGCAACCGGUGCCGUACAUUUGAGCAACGCGGCCACGGUGAUCGCCGGCACUUCCUCGUCGAAGGGCAGUUCAUCGAAAGGGGCGAUCCUUUUGGCGACCAGUUUCGACGGAACAGGCGCAGUAGGGGGAAUCGGUGGUGGUAGUGGAAGUGGUCCCUCUACCUCGAAUGCGAUGGCCAACGAUGGUUCUCGUAAUAAUAACAAUAAUAACAACAGUGGCAACGAUGGAGCGAAUGCACAACAACAGCAGCAGUCACAUCCGUUUAUAAAGCUAACAAAGGCCGCCCUGGGUGGAGGAGGGUCAUCAUCGGCCUCCUCUUCUGGAGGAGUGCCUCCGCAUCAGUCCACAUCUUCGUCCACCAUACCGGACGUGAACAUGUUGCAUUCAGCUGGAACAACGGGAGCUGGCACUACCGCUUCUACAUCUUCGGGAUCGGGUGCGGCGGGCAGUUCGGGCGUCCCACCCCAUCCAGAUUCGGAAAGCGAUGACAGCGAAGUGGGCCGACUGCAAGCCCUACUGGAAGCACGUGGUCUUCCGCCUCAUCUGUUUGGAGCGCUUGGGCCACGGAUGCAUCAUCUACUCCACCGGACAAUGGGAACAAACAGUAGUUCUUCGAAGGCUCAGCAGCUGCUCCAAGGGUUGCAGUGUCCUGACGAGAGCCAGCAACUGCAAGCUGCCAUCGAGAUGUGCCAAAUGUUGGUGAUGGGCAAUGAGGACACAUUGGCCGGAUUUCCCAUAAAGCAGGUAGUACCGGCACUUAUAACGCUGUUGCGAAUGGAACACAACUUCGACAUAAUGAACAACGCGUGUCGCGCUCUUGCUUAUAUGCUAGAAGCUUUGCCACGCUCAUCCGGGACGGUUGUCGAUGCAAUACCUGCGUUUCUCGAAAAGCUGCAAGUUAUUCAGUGUAUGGACGUGGCGGAGCAAAGUCUUACGGCACUUGAGAUCCUUUCGCGGCGACACAACAAGAGUAUCUUGCAAGCGAAUGGCGUCUCAUCGUGUCUCACUUUUCUGGAUUUUUUCUCAAUCAAUGCGCAACGCGCUGCGUUGGCCAUCACGGCUAACUGCUGUUUAAAUUUACAUACGGAAGAGUUUCACUUUGUAAAGGAAUCGCUGGCGUUACUUGCCCGAUUACUCGCACAACAAGAUAAGAAGAGCGUAGAAAGCAUUUGUACGGCGUUUUACCGAUUGGUGGACAGUUUCCAGCACGAUCAAGCCGUACUACAGGAAAUAGCCAGCAUGGAAUUGCUAAAGAACUGUCAGCAGCUGCUAGUAGUAACACCCUCCGUACUGAACAGUGGCACUUUCACAAAUGUUGUGCGUAUGUUAAGUGUAAUGUGCGCCAACUGUCCAGAUUUGGCUAUUACGCUCUUAAAGAACGAUAUCGCUUCGACGCUACUGUACUUGCUGACGGGAUCUGCGGAAUCUGUUACGUCCGAUGUGGAAUUAGUUCCUCGUAGUCCGUCAGAGUUGUAUGAAAUCACCUGUUUGAUAGGUGAAUUGAUGCCUCGUUUACCAACGGAUGGAAUUUUCGCUGUAGAUGCUCUGCUCGAGCGGCCGCAACCGACUGUACAGGAUGCGGUCCAAUGGCAAUGGCGUGAUGAUCGUGGGGUCUGGCGACCGUAUUCAUUCAUCGAUUCACGUAUGAUCGAAGCAGCUCACUUGAAUUCGGAUGAUGAAAUAAGUCUUAGCACGCUAGGACGCACGUACACAAUCGAUUUUCAUUCUAUGCAGCAAAUAAACGAGGACACCGGAACGACACGGUCAGUACAACGGAAGAUAAACCACCAGUUGCUUGCUCAGCAGGGUGCGGCAGCUGCUGCCGCCGCAGAAGCAGCAGCGGCAGUAACUGCGCCAGUCAUUGUCACCCCACCAACAGCCAGCGGAAGUGCCGUUAAAGCGGUAUCAGCAGAGUGCAGCGCUAUCAUGGGAAGUGUGGAGAACGCAACAACGUCCACAGCCGUCGCAGUUAUUGGUACAGGAUCGUUAAAUCUUGCCACUAGGCCUCCGAAUGCACAGCGUGAUGCUCGAAUUGCUUGCUUAAAGGAGGAACGUGGUUUGGCUGCUGAGUUCAUUCGCAACCUGUUCUCAGUGCUAUACGAAGUGUACAGUUCUUCGGCUGGUCCCUCAGUGCGAUACAAGUGUCUCCGUGCUCUAUUAAGAAUGGUAUACUUUGCUAAUGGAGAUUUGUUGCGAGAUGUUUUGAAGAAUCAACUUGUUUCAUCACACAUCGCCGGUAUGAUGGCUUCGAAUGAUAUGCGCAUUGUAGUCGGUGCGAUGCAGAUGGCGGACAUUCUGAUGCACAAACUACCGGAAGUAUUUGGAAUGCACUUCCGCCGAGAAGGCGUGAUGCAUCAGUUCAAACAAUUAACCGAUCCGUCGAUACCGAUCUGUGCGGCACCGUCUCCAAAAUCGGCUGGAGGAACGCAAAGUGCGCCUGCUUCUGCCACAAUUCAUCCGGCGGGCGGAAGUAGUGGUGGACAGACGUUUGAUUUUGAUAGCAGUGCCAUCGCGUCCAGCUCGAAGGUCGGAGGAGGUCAGGUUGCAAUAGCAAUCGGUGGCAAUGCUGGUGGAUCGCACGUGAAGAACCUUUCUUCCGCGAUGAUGAUGGCCAGCAGUAAGAUGAGUUCUCAUCAUCAUCAUCAACAUGUUCCCCACCAUCACCAUCUACCACAGCAAUCUGUUUCGUCAGCAGCAGGUGCGAUGGCCAUGACCAGCAGUAGCAACAAUUACACUACUGCAUCUGCCUCUGCGUCUGCCAUAAAUCUAAACAAACCAUCCUCGAUGCGACAACAAGCCGCGGUACACCAUCAUCAUCAUUUGAUGAAUUUGAUGCCGCACUCCGUCGGUGGACAUGUUUCUGUCCCUGGUCAGCAUUUGCCAGUGGCGAAUUUGCAUCACCAUCUCGAUGCUGGCACUAGUGGAGCUACUGUGCAACCUGUAGUGCAGCCUACCCCCGGGACAUCAAUUGUAACUGCCACAGUCACAACAACGGGCAAUGGAAACAUUCUGUUGAAUGCUAUCUAUAACUCAGCUGCUGCCGCUGCUAUGAAUCCGAUGAACCAUCAUCAGUCCCACCCUCAGGCUCAUUCUCAUCCGCACGCUGUCCCACAGCAUCAGAGCAAUCAUCCCCAACAACCGACCGGUGCAUCUGUGGCACAUAUGUAUCAAUCAACACAACACUUUUCCGAUGCUUUCACUGGUUACAAUGUUGCCGUGUCCAAUCAAACCAACGUUGCGCUUCUAACGGGAACCACUGUCGUAGGAACCAGUGCAGGGACAGCCGUGGUCAGUAACAGUAAUACGGGAAUACAUGGAGUAGGAGUAGCGCAGGGAAUUGUGGUUUCCCCGAACAACAGCUCCCCAGCUACAAAUACGGGACAUCAUGCUUCCCAUGAGGGUAGCAGUAGCAGCAACGGUAAUAAUGCGGGUCAGUUAAAAAUGUCGGACAUUUUGAAGCGAAAGGUUCCACCUAAGCGGAAAUCGCAGGGUAGUUCUAAAUCUAAGUCACGCCACGACGACGCCCACACGUCAGGUGGAGCAAGCUCUUCCUCUGUUGGCCAUGGUGCCACAUCCCUCUCCACUGGAAGCGGUGUAGCUAGUAAUAGUGGAUCAUCUGGCGGUGUGUCAUCCGUAAUGCAAGAAUUCAUCAACAAGGCAACCACAAUGGGAACAAGCUCCACGUCGUCUGGACGCCACACACCAGCUUCCGGUUCAGGAUCUUCUCGUUCGCGGUUUACAGGUGCGUCAUCGAAAACGACUUCUUUCUUAGCAUCACUGAAUCCAGCCCGCUGGGGUCGGCAAUCGUCAUCCUCUUCGUCAGCGUCUACGUCCCAUAAUGCUUCCUCGUCGGGAUCUGGCUAUGGCAAGGAUGGUAGCAGCGGAAGCUCGUUAAACAAGAGCCAUUCGAAUUCAAACCUGAUUGCGGCUGGAAAUCGUGAAAAGGCUCGUCAGUGGAUUCGUGAUCAGGCCGUACUGUUUGUAAAUCGUUAUUCCGCAGAUACAACAAGCGGUACGGCAGAAGGUGCAAGUGGCAUAGGUGGUGGUGCCCUCGAGCAGCAUCCGGCCUGUACAAUCCUGAUCCGGCUUACUGAUGCCAUACGCAAACUGGACGGUCGUAGAGACGAAUGUUUAAAUGCACUGCAGGAACUGCGGGACAUUUUAAUGGAAAGCGACAUAUCACCGUUCGAGGUGAAUCAUUCCGGUUUGAUUCGGGCGAUGUUGAACUACAUGGCAAAUGAUGAAAAUCCGCUGGUGGAACGAGCGACACGUUUACGUAUGUUUUUGCACGUGUUUGCCGGAUUGCCGUUGGAUGCUAACUAUUCCCACGUGGGAACAGGUAUGCCAGCAGGUAUGGACGGGGCAGCUUUUAGUGCUCUUGUGGCAAAGUUGAAUGGAUGUGUCACACAGCUCGAACAAUUUCCGGUGAAGGUGCACGAUUUUCCUGCUGGCGUCGGCGGACGAUCUAACACAAGUGCUCUUAAAUUCUUCAACACACAUCAACUGAAGUGCAAUCUUCAACGCCAUCCAGAAUGUACAAAUUUGCGCCAAUGGAAAGGUGGUACAGUGAAAAUCGAUCCUCUAGCGUUGGUGCAGGCCAUCGAAAGAUAUUUAGUAGUGCGAGGUUACGGUGGAAUCCGCGUGGACAGCGAAGAAGAUUCGGAAGAGGACAUUGAUAAUAUUGAUGCUGCGGCCAUGAUAUCUAUGGGCGGAUUGAAACACAAGCUACAGUUUUUGAUCGGUGAACAUGUGCUCCCAUACAACAUGACCGUGUACCAAGCCAUUCGUCAGUACUCGCCAUUGGUAAAUGAUCAGUCGGAGACGGACACCGAUACCGAAACACCGAUAGGAAGCGCCAGUAUUUGGGUGCAGCAGCAUACCAUUUACUAUCGUCCCGUCGAGGAAGAAUCGAGUGGUUCCAACAAGGGAGCAUCGGGAUCAUCGCGAAAAAAUAGUAAAAAUUCAUCGCAAUCGAAACUCAUGCGCAGAAAACCGGAAUUCUGGAUCGAUGGACAAGUGCCGGCCGUUGUGUCUCCGCUUGGACCGUUUCUUACUUCAAAACUGCCGGAUGUAGUAACAGUACAAGAUGCCUCACUCGACGCACUCUGCAUGCUGCGUAUAAUAAACGCACUCAAUCGGCAGUGGGCGACUCUUUACUUUUCGGUACCGCACAUACCGAUUGUUCCACAGGCUGAUUUCAUUCACUCGAAGAUUGCAGCAAAAGCAAGCCGUCAGCUGCAGGAUCCGCUAGUUAUCAUGACAGGUAAUUUACCUCAAUGGCUGCAACAGAUUGCGGUGGCAUGUCCGUUCCUUUUCCCCUUCGAAACGCGCCACCUUCUUUUCUACGCCGUUUCAUUCGAUCGAGACAGGGCACUCCAGCGUCUGCUCGAUACGACUCCUGAUCUCAAUUCGGCCGACACGAGCGAACGCGUAACUCCACGUCUAGACCGUCGGAAACGGGCCAUUUCCCGGGAAGAUAUACUGAAGCAAGCAGAAUCGAUUAUUCAAGACUUUGGUCACUCGAAGGCUUUGCUGGAAAUUCAGUAUGAGAAUGAGGUCGGUACCGGACUGGGGCCUACGCUCGAGUUCUAUGCGCUGGUUUCAACGGAACUGCAACGCUGUGAUUUAGGCUUAUGGAACGAUAGUGAUAGCUAUAAAAACAAUAACCAACAAUCGACCUCGAUUGCGGACAACAUUGUCAAAUCAUCGAUUGGUGGUGGAGGGCUCGAGGACGCAAGCUUGGAUACGACCACAACAGCAACAACGAUGACACUCGUGAGCAUGACGACUACCCGUUCGUCGCUUGGAUCAAAUCGUGGCAGCGAGGAGGCAGCCAACAACAGUGUCAGCGGUGUCAGCGAUGAUAACAGCAGCUUCAUAAUCAGCAACGAUAAUUCAUUAAACAUGCUUAUUGAGCAAUCGGAUCAUCUAUUACAACUGAAUCCGCAACAGGCUGAACUGGAGAACAAUUCCACACCACCGCCGGCCUUACCUCCUUCAUCUUUUGCCGAUGUGGAAGGAUUGAUGAUAACACCCUUAUCGGGCGUAGGUAUAGGAGGUACAACGGAUGGUACCGGUAGUCUGGCUGUUACUGGUGGUGGAGCCAUUUCGUACGUAAACGCUCCUAGAGGAUUGUUCCCGAUUCCGCUCAGCAAGACAGCGAAAACAUCGCAGAUUUCCCGCUUGAAGCACAAGUUCAAGUUUUUGGGCAAAUUUAUGGCAAAAGCAGUGAUGGACAGUCGAAUGCUUGAUUUGCCUUUUUCUAUUCCGUUCUACCGUUGGAUGUUGAGCGAGGAAAGUUCUCUCGGUUUGUCUGAUUUGGGCCAGAUUGCACCAGAAGUGCAGAGCACAUUACUCCGUCUGAACGAAAUCGUGAAGCAGCGAGACCAGAUCCAGGCAGAUCCGAAACUUAAUGCCAUGGUAAAGACUGAAAAGAUUGAAGCACUUGAUUUGGAUGGAUGUCCAAUUUCGGAUUUGGGUCUAGACUUUGUCCUGCCUGGCCAUCCAAACAUCGAAUUGCGUCGUGGUGGACGUGAUAUGGCGGUUACGAUCAGCAAUCUCCACCAAUACAUUUCCCUCGUCACGCACUGGUUUUUGGCCGAGGGAGUAUCACGUCAGUUUGAAGCACUUCGCGAAGGCUUUGAUACUGUGUUCCCAAUGAGUCGUUUGCAAAUGUUCUAUCCGGAGGAACUAGAAAACGUUUUCUGUGGCUCCGGUAUCGGUGGAACAAAUCUGCAACGCUGGGAUGUUCGAAUGCUUUCUGAAAGCUGUAGGACGGAUCAUGGUUUUAGCCAAGACUCGCCGGCAAUUCAAUUUUUCUACGACAUUCUCGCUACGUACAAUCGGGACGAACAGCGGCUGUUUUUGCAGUUUGUUACCGGUAGCCCGCGGUUGCCGACGGGUGGCUUCAAAUCCUUAACGCCGCCGCUGACAAUUGUGCGUAAGAAGAUGGACGGCAAUCAAAAUCCGGACGAAUAUCUGCCAUCAGUGAUGACGUGCGUCAACUACCUAAAGCUGCCAGACUACUCGAACCGCGAGGUGAUGCGUCAAAAGCUGAAGAUAGCCGCCAGCGAGGGAAGCAUGAGCUUCCAUCUGUCAUAAAUCCAUUAGUCAUCGGAGGCAAAAGUGUUUUGUUCGUAUUUGAACGGGUCUGUGUUUAUGAGUCUUCGAUUGUAUACGAGAAUCAACAUCUACAGUCCGUUUUGAUGCAAUACACAACGAGACACGUUUUCUUCUUUCUGCGCGAUUAUCAAACAUCUCACAACAAAACGCGGCGCGUUGCCAUGGAUACGAUAUAUAAAUUUCUCUGUACGGUAGCUAAAUGGUACGAAAACGUCGCCCAGAAACUCCGGAGUACUCGUGCCGACGGGUCUGGGCGGUAAAACUAUCGUUGUAAAUAAUCCUUUUUUCUAUAGAGUUAUAUAUAAAGCUCACUACAAAUCUAAAAUAAUAUUGGGAUAAUAGAAUCGAAGUUGAAUAAUCGGGCGAUAAGUAAUAAAAUUAAACCACAGGUGACAUGAACAACCUUAUCAAUAAAUAGAAGUGCGAACCACACCAUUGGAAUCACAACACAUCUUCAAUGUAUGUUUGUGGUGAGAAAAUAAUCUCACAAAUAGGAAUCGCGGCACUAGGCUUGCGAGCUUUCUGUGUGCAUACUCGAGUGUUAGGUAAUAUUUCGAUUCGAAAGGGUGUGGAAAAGUUCCAGUCACUGGAAUGACAUACAUCUUUGCACACAGCUUGGCAUUUAAAUGAGAACUUAGUGAGAGGAUUUCCGUUUGCAGCCAAAACUAAGCAUACACUGCUUAAAAGAUACAUAUAGUUACAUCGAGUAAGACAAAUGAAAUAGGGAAUAUACUGGGGAACAGAAGAAUUGCAAGAGGUGACCGAAUCAACAAAUCAACUAACAAUACUAUCAAUAAUAAUUGCUAAAUAAGGUUACGGUAGUCACUAAAUGUUUGCUGCAUAUAACACAGAAGUAUCAAGAACAUAAACCACCACUUUGCAAAAGGUAUUUCAAUUGGUUACACAACGUUAAGCUUCUUCUGUUGCAUUAACGCAAUUGGUAUGUAUUGUGGGGUGGUACGCAGUUUUGUGAAAUCCCACCGCAUAAAAACAAAUGAACAAAGUUUAUUUUGGAUAUGACCGUUGGUUUCUGCUGCGCGAGUAAUUUGGAUCGAUUUAUUAUCUUCUGUGUUGUGGUUCAGUCACAAAGCGAACAAAUAAGAUGCAAAUUUAACCAAAUUGCAAAAACAAAGGAAGCAAAUAAAUGGGAGAAAUGUCCCAUCAAGUAGGAUGCAUUGAAAAAGAGAGAGCAUGUAGAAAUAUCGUGAAGUACGUUCGAUCCUGUGUCGAACAAUUGAGGCGAAAUGAAAGCCAAAAGCAAAUAUCUUUUUUAAUCACCUCUGCGUGCGAUUUUUAUGUUAAUGAAAUUUCAAACAAUAUAUUUCGAACAGUUCAGUGUCUAUUAAAAACAACUUUCAUGUUCAUUAAUAAGAAAAAUGAUUAUUGGAUAGUCAUUCUUUACUUCGAAAAAUAGAUCCUAGCCGAAUUAUUCCCAACUAAGUAAUGGUGUCGAGCACGUUUAUGAAUGCUUAUUCAUGAUUGAUAGAAAGGAAAAGAUUACGGCGCUAUGCAAAUCGCCACACUAAUAAAUCAAAUGUGCUUCUUCGACACAAACACAAAUUCUACCCAAAAGAUCGUAUUCGAUAAACAAUAUCGUUGGUAGUGUUUCAACAUAUUCACCGAAGUAUCGACAUACGUGUAUAUCUAGAGCUAAUAAAAUUCGAUGGUCAUGUGGUCAAAAUCAA